AUGGGACAAGUGAAAUUCACUAUUUUUCCAACAUUCACUUCGAUUUUGGUUUCGUCUGGGCUGAAAGAUGUGUUUAGGUACUUGGUUGAGCGCAAUGUGGUGGACGUGGUGGUUACUACGGCUGGUGACAUUGAGGAGGAUCUUAUCAAGUGCCUUGCGCCGACUUAUAGAGGCGAAUUGGGGGAGGAGUUAAGGUCGAAAGGGUUGAAUCGUAUCGGUAAUUUGCCGGUUCCUAAUGACAACUAUUGUAAAUUUGAAGAUUGGAUCAUACCGAUCUUUGAUCAUAUGUUGAAGGAGCAAAUUGAAGAGAAUGUGUUGUGGACGCCAUCUAAACUGAUUGCCCGCUUGGGGAAGGAGAUCAAUGACCAAAGAUCGUACCUUUACUGGGCAUACAAGAACAAUGUCACUGUUUACUGUCCAUCCAUAACAGAUGGAUCAUUGGGAGAUAUGAUGUACUUCCAUUCUUUCCGCAGCCCAGGUCUCGUUGUUGAUGUAGUGCAAGAUAUUAGGGCCAUGAAUGGUGAAGUUGUACAUGCCGGUCUCAGGAAGAUUGGAAUGAUCAUCCUUGGAGGAGGCAUGCCCAAACAUCACACAUGCAAUGCCAAUAUGAUGCUGAAUGGUGCAGAUUAUGCUGUGUUCGUUAAUACUGCACAAGAGUAUGAUGGCAGCGAUUCUGGAACUCGUCCUGAUGAGGCUGUAUCCUGGGGGAAAAUACGGGGUUCUGCUAAAGCUAUCAAGGUGCACUGUGAUGCAACGAUUACUUUCCCCUUUCUGGUGGCCGAGACAUCUGCUAAGAAAGUUAUACUCUGUCAUGAUUAA